CUGUUUCUUGAAGAUCCAUGAGGUCACCCUUUGAGAGGAGGCUCCAAAAUUAACCAAAAUGUCUGUGAAAAUGACAGCGGCCCUGCUCCUGCUCCACCUGACCAUCUUCUUUGGCUCCGGGAGUGGUGGGAAAGUGCUGGUGUGGCCUGUGGAAUUCAGCCAUUGGCUCAACUUGAAGAUAAUCCUAAGUGAGCUGGUGAAGAAGGGUCAUGAAGUGGUUGUGCUGAAACCUUCAGUUUCCUUUUCUUACGAGGUCGACAACACAUCUGCUAUUGAGUUUGAGACGUUCCCUUCAUCGUAUUCCAUAGCUGAUGUGGAGGCGAUUUUUGUGGACUGCAUCAAUGAGAGCAUUUACGAGCUACCGAAGCAGUCAUUUUGGGGAUACUUUUUAAUGUUGCAAAAACUUUUUGAAAGGAGUUCAGAUUAUUCUGAGCGUCUCUGUAGAGAUGCAGCUUUUAAUAAAGAACUCAUGACGAAGCUACAAAAAUCUGGCUUUGAUGUCAUCCUGGCAGAUCCCUUCACACCCUGUGGUGAACUGCUGGCUGAGAUUCUCAAGAUACCCUUAGUGUACAGUCUCCGCUUCUUUCCUGGUUCCACUUAUGAAAAGUACAGUGGAGGACUCCCAAUGCCUCCUUCCUAUGUGCCCAUUGCUAUGUCAGAAUUAAGCGACAGAAUGACAUUCGUGGAGAGGGUGAAACAUAUGAUCUAUGUACUUUGUUUUGACUUUUGGUUCCAAGCGUUUGAUGAGAAGAAGUGGAACAAGCUUUACACUGAAGUAUUAGGAAGACCCACUACACUCUCAGAGACUAUGGCAAAGGCAGACAUAUGGCUCAUUAGGACCUACUGGGAUUUGGAAUUCCCUCACCCCGUCUUACCAAAUUUUGAUUUUGUUGGUGGACUCCACUGCAGACCUGCCAAACCCCUGCCUAAGGAAAUAGAAGACUUCGUCCAGUCAUCUGGAGAACAUGGUGUUGUGGUGUUUUCCCUGGGGUCGAUGGUGGGAAGCCUAACAGAAGAAAGGGCCAAUGUGAUUGCAGCAGGCCUUGCCCAGAUUCCACAGAAGGUUCUUUGGAGAUUUGAAGGCAAGAAGCCAGAAACCUUGGGCUCCAACACUCGUCUGUACAAAUGGAUCCCCCAGAAUGACCUUCUAGGUCAUCCCAAAACCAGAGCUUUUGUAACUCAUGGUGGCACCAAUGGCAUCUAUGAGGCGAUCUACCACGGGAUUCCUGUGGUUGGCAUUCCUUUGUUUGGAGACCAAAAGGACAAUAUUGUUCACUUGAAGACCAAAGGAGCAGCAGUUAGACUGGACUUUCUCACGAUGUCCAGUACAGACUUGCUCACUGCACUGACGACAGUCACUAAUGACCCUUCCUAUAAGGAGAAUGCCAUGCGGUUAUCAAGAAUCCACCACGACCAGCCAGUGAAGCCCCUGGACAGAGCAGUCUUCUGGGUUGAGUUUGUCAUGCGUCACAAAGGAGCCAAGCAUCUUCGUGUGGCUGCCCAUGACCUCAGCUGGGUCCAAUAUCACUCAUUGGACGUGCUUGGGUUCCUGCUGGCCUGUGUGGUGACUGUGAUAUUCAUCCUCAAAAAGUGUUGCCUCUUUUGUUGUCAGAAGCUUACAAAAGCUGGAAGAAAGAAGAAAAAGGAGUAGAUGAACUGAAGAAGACUGACACAUGGACCUCUCCAGUGCCUCACAGUAAGGGGGGCAAUGAUGGUAGGGUCCUUCAGCCUGAGACAAAAUAAUUUUUCAAUAAUUAUCAAGUCAGAAACUUUUUUUCCCAGAUAAUUGAUAGUUCUUUGGAAUUAGUAGGAUUUCAGUCAAAGAUAAAAUUGAAAGGGAAACAUAAGUAAAAUUAACAGAGUCAACAUGAAUACACAUAGAAAUUAAUUUCUGCAGCAUAAAAGUUAAAUCAAAGAAUGUUAUGGCUGAAGCAUUGGCUCUCUGAUCUAAUAAUUUGUCAGGCAAGACUUCCCUUUUGGUUUUGGAUGCCAGGAACUCAUAUAAAAGCCUUAUCCAGUAGCAUCUGGUACUGCAGUAUAAGAAAAUCAGGAGAUGUGAGAUGCAUUCAAGACAAGUGCCUGAAGCUCUCAGGCCAAGUAGCCUGGUUUUCAGCAAGAAAUAGCCUACCUCAUAGAAUGUGGAAGGGAAACAUAACACUGGAGGGAGUGGUCUUAUGUCCCAUAGGUGUGCCCUAGCAUAUGUGUGCCCCACUCACAAAUUAACAAGCACAAGCAUGUAAAUAUACACAUAUAUACAGGCUUUAAAUUUACACAUACACACACACCAAAUUUUUCUGGCAACUAACAGUUUGUAGAUACAAGGUCACUAAGAAGCACACUCACAUCUAUACGGUUUUACAAGCAUUGAACAAACCAUUUGUUGCAAACUUUAAAGGACAAAUCUCUAGAUUAAAGUUCAGAGUUGGAGUUGUGAGUCCCCUAACCUACAUUUGUCUUUCAUAGACCAAUACUGUUGCAGAGUCCCAUGUUGUACACUGUGCCUCUGAAUGACCUCUUCCUUAAAGGACCAACCAAGAUUGGACUUGGACCUGAAGGGAUGACUCCACAGUUACUAACUCUAGGUUCCUCUUCCAUAGAACCCACCCCAUUCCUCUCCCUCCUCCAUAUGAUGAUGACUCUGGACCAGCAGUAUCUCAAGUGUCAUAGCCUCUUCCACCCUCUUCUGCCCUCUGUUUGGUGCUGCAUUCAUGUGGCACAGAGACAGUGUGAAAGAAGCUCACAUACACAUAAAGUAAAAUUAAGGAUUAAAGAAAAUUUUUGAUUCAUGAAAUGAGUUCUGUUUCCCUUCAACACUUUAUAAAGAAUAAUGAGAUUCCUUUAGUCUUCUAGUUAGCCAUUGCAAAUAGAUGUGAGAUCUCAAUUUGUUUGAAUAAUACAGAAUAAAGACACAAAAUAAGUUGUUCUUGCCCAGUU